AGUGGGAUGGAUAAGGUGGGUCUUGCGGAGGUUGGGGAAGAGCAAAACAGAGUGAGAGAGCAAGUUAAGACGGCGGAGAGAGGCCUCCAUGAUGUACCUUUCUGCUUCGCCAUUUGCUGCUUCCCCUUCGUCGGCGACGGCAGCAGCGUCUCUUAUGGAGAGCGGCGGCGCCUUCCUCUGCGGGCAGCGCCUCCCCCUCCCCCUCCCCCUCCCUGCGAGGACCUGGGCACUUGCUCGGCGUCCGGUCAUCGAGGCCAAGGCCGCGACCCCCAGAGAGAACCGCACCGCCCGCCACCAGCGCGUCCGAAAGAAGGUUGAGGGUACCCCAGAAAGGCCAAGGAUGAGUGUUUUCCGUUCCAGUAAGCAUCUAUAUGUGCAAGUGAUUGAUGAUACUAAGAUGCAUACAUUGGCUUCCGCUUCAACAAGGCAGAAACCUGUAUCAGAGGAAGUUGAUUACACUUCUGGACCCACAAUUGAGGCGGCAAAGAAGGUUGGUGAAGCCAUUGCCAAGUCUUGCAUGGAAAAAGGGAUCAGCAAGGUGGCUUUUGACCGUGGCGGUUACCUAUAUCACGGGCGCAUAGAAGCACUUGCUAACGCUGCACGAGAAUGUGGUCUUCAGUUCUAAAUCCAAGUAAAUCUUCAGAAGAUUACCAGAAUGUCUUCUUUCUUGUUCAUAAAAUCAGAGGAGCCAGAAUGGUAGGUGUUACCCUGCGAGUCAGGCUCAGAUUCAAUCAGAUAAUGUGUCAUGGAGACCACUCAUGAUAUUUUCCCGCUUGUUUGAGUCUAAAGAAGUGGAGUUUGUCUGCAAACUUUUUUAUGUGUGAGUGAGAGACCUGCAUCCAAAAUAUUCUGGAGAAAUCCUUGCUGAAGUGCAUGGUGACUUAUUUUGAGCUGCCGAUA